CUCACUCAGAAACCGGAGCACGUAGCAACAACCGAGCCAAUGUGCGAUCCGUCCUACCGACUGCGGUGCCUGGCAACAGAAAAAGACGUGAUGACGUCCUCUUCAGAUUGCGUAUUAUGGGGUGUGCGGAAUUAAACAACCAGAAGAGGACAAGCCAAAAAUAAUAAAAGAGACAGAAAUAAACGAGGUGCAUGGUGAAUCAUGGAGCUCUCUGCUGUCGGUGAGAGCGUCUUCGCAGCCGAGUCCAUCCUCAAACGGAGAAUCCGACGGGGUUGCUGGGAAUAUCUGGUGAAAUGGAAGGGCUGGUCUCAGAAGUACAGCACCUGGGAGCCGGAGGAAAACAUUCUGGAUGCACGUCUGUUCGCAGCUUUUGAGGAGAGGGAGCGCGAAAGGGAGCUGUUUGGGCCGAAGAAGAGGGGACCCAAACCUGAGACAUUUCUCUUGAAGGCCAAAGCCAAAGAAAAGACGUAUGAAUUUAGAAGAGAGGCUCCCAGAGCGAUCCAGGUUUCCUAUCCAACCCUGGAGCCUGUCAUAACUCCCAGGGCCCGGGAGGGUUUACGUACCGUGGUUCCCACAAUCUUCCCACCGAGCGCAGUCAACAGAGGGGAAAGUGUCCAAAUCCGACCACCGGAGCCAGAGAGGAGGCCAAGACUGACUCCAUCAGCUGCUCUGACAGACCUAGAAGGCGUCCGGAUACCUAAAAAGAGAGGGCGCAAACCGAAGCUGCAUUUACAUUUCAAUGAAACAGUCGAUGGAGGCCUCUCAGCAGAGCCGGACACCAAACGGAGCAGGUCACUCGAGGAGCCGGUGUCACACGGAUUUUCCAACAUGUCACGCCACUUGCUUCAUCACGGGGAGGCGUCAGAUCACAGUCUCAUGCAGCUGACACGGAGGUUUGAGGAGAAGACCACCAUCACACCCAAACACAGCAGCAGCGAGCAGAGACACGCAGGGUUGUCUUUCAGCGCGUUCAAUCCAGAUGUGUGUAAAAGGGAUCAGUUGAAACACAUGACUAAAUAUUUGAUGUCUGUGCGGCGGCCCAGCAGCUCUGCAGAGCAUCCGAAGCAUCAGGUGAAGGCGUGCAGUCAACCUGCUGUCAGAUCCACUGAGAACAAUGACAAGGCCACGCGACCAGCCUCGUGCUGGACCCCCAGAUUGACCAACCUGGACACUAUGACCGUGACAGAUGUCACCAUGAAUUUAUUGACAGUCACUGUCAGAGAGAGCAGCACGGAGAAAGGCUUUUUCAGAGAGAAGAGAUGAGUAGCUCGGAUGUGGGUCAAACAAAAAAAAAAGCAUAAUAGUUUAACAAGCUACUAACUAACAAGCCUACUGCAAUGCUAUAUAUUUUUUCUAUGUAACUUUCAACCGUGUACAUACAAAUAUUUAAUACACUGCUGAGAAAAUCAAAAAUCAAAGUGUCCUUGUGAGUGUAUUGUUUUUGAGUGUUUUUAAAAAAAAAUUGUUUUUAAAGAAAAACGUUUCAACAAUGUCAUCAUAAAUAACCAUAACUUUCUAGAACCCGAUUUUGCUUAUAAACGCAUCCGGUUAUUGAUUCUGACAGUGUUCCCUCAUUACGAGAUUUAGUUUAAAACGCUUUAAUGAAGAUUUACUGAAGGUGUGUCUGAAAUGAAAUACUUUCCAGUCAUUCACAUGUUUAAACCAAGGCCACUUGAGUCUAACAUGGUUCUGAAAAGGAGGUUUCAAUAUAUCUAAAGGUAUUAUAUGAAUUUGUGUAAGCUGCAGUACUUCAAAAGAUUGAAAUAUAUAACACCUAAAUAGAUUACCAUGCGUCAUAUUAAAAUGUUUUAUUAUCCUGC